GUCUAGCACAGGCCCUGCUGGGGACUGAGGAGUGCAAGGUGGACAUCCUCUACUACCGCAAGGAUGCCUCCAGCUUCCGUUGCCUGGUGGAUGUGGUGCCCGUGAAGAACGAGGAUGGAGCCGUUAUUAUGUUCAUCCUCAACUUUGAGGAUCUGGCCGAGCUCCUGGCCAAGAGCGAGCGCCGCAGCCUGUCCCAGUGCCUGCUGUCCCAGGGCUUCCUGGGCUCCGAGGGCUCUCAUGGCAAGACAGGUGCACAAGGUCCUGGCACGGGCAGGGUCAAGUACAGGACCAUCAGCCAGAUUCCACAAUUCACACUCAACUUCGUGGAGUUCAACCUGGAGAAGCACCGCUCGGGCUCCACCACCGAGAUCGGGAUCAUCGCACCACACAAGGUGGUGGAGCGGACCCAGAACGUCACCGAGAAGGUCACCCAGGUUCUGUCCCUGGGUGCGGACGUGCUGCCAGAGUACAAGCUGCAGGCACCACGCAUCCACCGUGGGACCCUCCUGCACUACAGCCCCUUCAAGGCUGUGUGGGACUGGCUCAUCCUGCUGCUGGUCAUCUACACGGCCAUCUUCACGCCCUACUCAGCCGCCUUUCUGCUCAGCGACCAGGACGAAUCUCAACGCAUGGACUGCGGCUACACCUGCAGCCCACUCACCGUGGUGGACCUCAUCGUAGACAUCAUGUUCGUUGUGGACAUUGUCAUCAACUUCCGCACCACCUAUGUCAACACCAAUGACGAGGUGGUGAGCCACCCUCGCCACAUUGCCAUCCACUACUUCAAGGGCUGGUUCCUCAUUGACAUGGUGGCUGCCAUCCCAUUUGACCUUCUCAUUUUCCGCACCGGCUCUGACGAGACCACAACCCUGAUCGGGCUGCUGAAAACGGCGAGGCUGCUGCGGCUCGUGCGUGUGGCGCGGAAGCUGGACCGCUACUCUGAGUAUGGGGCAGCCGUGCUUUUCCUGCUCAUGUGCACCUUCGCGCUCAUUGCACACUGGCUGGCCUGCAUCUGGUACGCCAUUGGCAAUGUGGAGCGGCCCUACCUGGAGCCCAAGAUUGGCUGGCUGGACAGCCUGGGCGUGCAGCUUGGCAAGCGAUACAAUGGCAGUGACCCAGCCUCUGGUCCCUCAGUGCAGGACAAGUAUGUCACGGCCCUGUACUUCACCUUCAGCAGCCUGACCAGCGUGGGCUUCGGCAAUGUCUCCCCAAACACCAACUCUGAGAAGGUCUUCUCUAUCUGUGUCAUGCUCAUCGGCUCCCUCAUGUAUGCCAGCAUCUUUGGCAACGUGUCCGCCAUCAUCCAGCGUCUGUACUCCGGCACUGCGCGCUACCAUACGCAGAUGCUGCGCGUCAAGGAGUUCAUCCGCUUCCACCAGAUCCCCAGCCCGCUGCGGCAGCGCCUGGAAGAAUACUUCCAGCACGCCUGGUCCUACACCAACGGCAUUGACAUGAACGCGGUGCUGAAGGGCUUCCCCGAGUGCCUGCAGGCCGACAUCUGCCUACACCUGCACCGCGCGCUGCUGCAGCACUGCCCAGCCUUCCGUGGUGCCAGCAAGGGCUGCCUGCGUGCGCUGGCAGUCAAGUUCAAGACUACGCACGCCCCCCCUGGGGACACACUGGUGCACCUCGGUGACGUGCUCUCCACGCUCUACUUCAUCUCCCGAGGCUCCAUCGAGAUUUUGCGCGAUGACGUGGUCGUGGCCAUCCUAGGAAAGAACGACAUCUUUGGGGAGCCCAUUAGCCUUCAUGCCCGGCCCGGCAAAUCCAGUGCAGAUGUGCGGGCCCUGACCUACUGUGACCUGCACAAGAUCCAGCGGGCAGACCUGCUGGAGGUGCUGGACAUGUACCCUGCGUUUGCAGACAGCUUCUGGAGUAAGCUGGAAGUCACCUUCAACCUGCGGGACGCAGGCGGGGGUCUCCAGUCACCACCCCAACCAGCUCCGGGCAGCCAGGACCACCAAGGCUUCUUCCUCAGUGACAACCAGUCAGCUGCAGCCCCUUCUCUGAGCAUCUCAGAUGCAUCUGGCCUCUGGCCUGAGUUGCUUCAUCAAGUGCCCCCAAGGCCAAGGGACAGCUCCUCAAACCCUCAGGGAGACCCAGACUGCUGGCCUCGGGAGCUAGGCUCCAGGCUAGAACAGCUCCAGGCCCAGAUGAGCAGGUUGGAGUCCCGUAUGUCCUCAGACCUCAGCCGCAUCCUACAGCUCCUUCAGCAGCCCCCGCCCCAGGGCCACACUGGCUACAUUCUAGGAGUCCCUACCUCCAAUGACCUGGCCUUGUUUCCUGUGGCCUCAGCCACUCAGAGCCCAGGAACUAGGCUGCUCCAGGGUGGUCUGCCCCCUGCACAGGUCCCAAGCUGUGGUGACUUGAACAAGUGUAGGCUGAAGAGAAAGAACUCCUCCAGGGUGCCUCCCCUGGUCAUGACAACAGACAAAAUUCUCACAAUGUCCUCAGAACAGGAGCAGUCUGAGGGGCUUCUGUCACCCCUGGCCUCACCUCUGCAUCCCCUGGAGGACCCAAGGUUAGUGAGACCUCCUGUGAACCGGCUGGAGAUGAAAGUGUCCUCAGCAGUGGACACAUCAGAACACAGAGCUCCAGCCCUCAGCCACUCUGCUCCUCGUGGUUCUUUGAUGACCUUUGGGAUCCUAGAGGGCAGUGGGAUGUCUCAUAGCUAAUAAAGUCUGCACAUUUCA